AUGGAAGUGCAACUUCCAGAGAUUCCGUUGAAGCUGCUGAGUGUCUUCGUGGAUGUUGAUGGCGAAAUCCGCGUGAAAGAGGAUUUUCUCAGAGAGGUCCUGAGUAGCUUUCGAAGCUCCUUUGGAGAGGUCGUAGAUCUGCUCCGUGGGGAGUUUGUGGAGGAGGUCAAUGCUGUUCGAAGUGGAGUAGAAAGCUCGCAAGAGCAACUGCUUCAGGACAUGCAAAAGAACUAUUCUUCAACAAAGGAGUUCAAGGAUUUGGAGGCGUUCGUGCAGCGUCUUGACAACGACAUGAUGAACAUACAGCGGCAGCUGAAAUCCAACGACCAGAAGGUGAAGCAGAUGACCACCAGCUUUGGGGUGGGCGCCUUGUCCCUUGGGACUUCGCCUCUCUCGCCUUCGCCCUCCAUGUUGCGAGUCUCUGACGACGUUCGAGCCUCUUCCAGUGUUCGCGAUGUCGAUAAAGAGAUCACUCGCAUAGAGCGGGACAUCAAGGAGCUGCAGAAAUCUCAGGAUGAUCUGCUGGAAAUGCGAGAUGCGCUGGUGCUGAAACUGGACUUUGAGGUGACACAGCGGCAGUUGGAAGAACAGUUGAUGGAGGCGAAGACCAAGAUCAUGGAGGAAAUCUCUCAGCUGCAGCAGCAGAAUUCCGUGCAGCUACAGAAUCAAGCCGGGCAAUUGAUGGCGGAUGAUGAGAGUGCGAUGCUAGAGAUGGAAACCGAAAAAGAAAAAGAGAAAAGACAACUCACGCCAGCCAAGACACCAGACAGAGAAGCCAAGAAACAAAACAUCGCUAAAGAAGAAGCACAUGAUCAGAUGGAAAAGCCAGAAGGAGGAGGAAAACAAGACCUCAACAUUGAACUAGCCAUUCUCAGAGAUGACCUCCAGAAUGUGCACAGCAAAUUGAACACCCAAGGCAACCAAAUCCUGUUCACCCUGAAAACCCAGGCCGACACUGACAGACAGAAAUGCGCAAGUGAGUUUGUCGUCAUCAACUGGGUGAAGUACAAGAAGGUGACCAACCUUGAAGAUGAGUACAUGCAUAGAGAGCGCAUCAUUGAAUGGUGUCUACGUGAAGCAGGGGUGAGCAAAAGGUUUUGGCCAGCAGAUCGUGAAUACAGUCACCAAGUGAAAGCUGACAGCAUUUCCCCCCAAUCCCACGUCAAGCUAGCACAGCCAUGGAUCAGGAAAAGGCUACUAGAUUGGCAGAAAGAAAAAUUCCCGAAAGGCAUCCCUGAAUGGUGGACUUCUGAUGAAACACAGGCCUUAGGAGAGAAAUCCGAGAUGAACACACAGAGCAAUGGAACCCUCAUCUUCAAGCCCCAGAUCCCGAUCUGGGACCGUAUCAAAGGAGCACCGAUGAGAACAGCAAUGAUGGUCUUGAGGGAGGUGUUCGAGUACAAGGACUUUGCACCAGUUUGGCCAGAAAACGCUAUCAAAACCAAGGGCUCCUACCUCGUGUGGAUCACCUUCAACUCCUCAAAAGGCGCAGCCAAAAUCUAUGUGGAUCACAGCAUUCACUUUGAAACCUUCGUGGACGCAUUUCAGAGCCAGUUCGCCACAAGCUACGGACAAGGACAAGGAGCAAAAACCAAAACCAAGGGCAAAGGAAAAGGGAAAACACCCACCAAAACGAUGAGCAACGCCGAUGAAUAUGGCAAGUUCCCCUUCACCUUUGAAUUCCACCAGGUGACCAACUGGCUGCAGGAGUACGAGACGUACAAGAGUGAGUUCCGUAGUGAUGCUGUUGAAUAG